GAAAAACCGAAAACGUCCUUUCUAAACUAUUCCGCUAAGUGUAGCCUAUUUUGUAGCAAAAUCAAUUCAAUGGAUCUUUUGGGGGAAAACCUCAUUUUUUUGGAAACGAAAAUGAAAAUACAAACAUUUUCAUAACGAUACUUAAAUCUCGUAUCUGGCAACCGUAACGUUACUAUCUACGUACAUCAGCAAAACAAUCUGCGUAUGCAAGGAACGCUUGGUCAGUGAAAAUGCCCCUGGCGAAGGACUUACUCCACCCCCCUCUCGAGUUGGAGAGGAGACAACACAAGAAGAAGAGGCUGGUGCAAAGCCCGAACUCAUACUUCAUGGAUGUGAAAUGUCCAGGCUGUUAUAAGAUAACAACUGUAUUUAGCCACGCUCAGACAGUGGUGCUGUGUGUUGGCUGCUCCACUGUGCUGUGCCAGCCAACAGGAGGAAAAGCCAGACUCACAGAGGGUUGCUCCUUCAGGAGGAAACAACACUGAAGCAGAAUGCUCGCAUUGAAAUGAAAGAAUCUAUGUAUUAGGCCGAGCAAUGCCUUAUAAACUUUUCAUUGAUUCCAAUGAAUGAAAGUAUGGAAAUGUAAUUGUGAUUUGAAUGGUACGCAGCAGGUUCUUUCUGUUGUGUAAUCUGUUCAUUUUUCUCAAUAAAGCUUCUCACGUAGU